AAAAAAAGAAGAAGGUUCACAUAACGUAAGAGAGAAAAUCGAUAAAGCUUUACUUUGUACGCUCCCUUAAAAUCUAUACAACUCCACGUAGCAGUAACGAAUAAAAAAGUGAGCAAGAGAAAGGGAAAACGAAGAAGAAGAAAAAAACAUAACACAAAGCACAUGAAUAUCAUGAAUUUCCACAAUAUUAUAGAGAAAAGGAGAGUGAAAAUAAUCAACAAGUUUAAAUGUGUAAUGAAUAUACUGCACUUACUUUUGAUUAUCCCUACUAAAUAAUUAUUUCAAUGCAACAAGUUCUUUUUCUAUGAUUUAAAUAUCGUCGUCGAAUGUCGUUGAACUCCUCGCAAUAAAGGAGGAUUUAAAAUUGUUACUGUCAAAAAUGUGAUUAUUUACUUUAUGUUUUCUUGUAAUUAAAAACUAUAAUAAGUACUUACAUAAGUUCACUUGCUCUCGGAAUUUUGUUAUUAAUGUAUAAAGUAAUAAAUCAUCAAAAUGGAGGAGAUGUGCUUGAAAAAAAGCAAACUUUAUGAAUUCAAUUAAGUUAAUCAAAUAUAUAAUGGAAUGAUAACUUACAUUAAAAAAAUAUAACAAUAAUGGAAGUUUAACGUCGCAAUUUAAGGAAAAUUUAUUGUAAAAAAAUACAUUUUACUUCCUCUUUUGUGAACGUAAUAAAGGAAGGAUCUAAAAAUUAUUCAAAAUGCUUAGUCCAAAAAUGCAAAGAUCUGUGAGAGUCAACGAAAAUCAACUCAUUAUGCUCUCCGACAAAGCUCAACAUGAUAACAGUAUGCAAGGAUACUUAUAUAAAAGAACUUCAAGUGAUAGAUGGCAACUUAGAUUUUUUCUCCUUUACCAAAAUCUGCUUUUUUAUUAUGAAUCCGAAACAUCGACUCGACCAUCUGGUAUUAUAUUUCUGGAAGGAUGUUACUGCGAACGCCUUGUAUCAGCUCCAGCUUGUAUUGCUCCUGGAUCACCACUACAAACGAAUAAUAAUUCAAAUGCAAACUCAUCUAAAACAAAUAAAGAAGAAAAAUUGCAGCAUUGCUUUACCAUAUCAUACCGUCGUGAAAAUCAGAGACAUUACGAAAUGAAAUGCAAUACUGAAUCUGAAUGCUCUGCAUGGAUAAUAGCAAUAAGAGAAGCAAGCUUCAACAAACUGCUUCUUCAAAAAGAAGAGCUUGAACAAAAGCAUGUGCACUUACUCCAAGUGGUUGAAAGUGAGAAAACUGCAAAAUGGCAAUAUACUCAACAAUGUGAAGAGCUUGCUUCAGAAAUAAGGAAACUUCGAGCAGAGAUUUGUGUGUUGCGAAAAGAAACAAAACGAUCAUCAUUCUCAGCAACACCUGUCGGCAGGGGGAGUUUUAGCGCGGGCGCUUCAAGUGAACAACACCCUGAAACGACAGCGUUUUCUGAAACAUCAAACGUUGCCAAUUUAUGUGACUCAGUUCAAGAUUCUGUUGAAUUGAGAAAAAUUAAAAAAGUUCAAAGUUUUUUCCGAGGCUGGUUGUGUCGCAGAAGAUGGAAGCAGAUUGUUGAAGAAUAUAUAAAAUCACCACAUGCUGAAAGCAUGAGAAAAAGGAAUAGUUUAGUUUUUUCAAUGGUUGAAGCAGAAGAAGAAUAUUUGGAACAGCUAGAAGUUCUCGUAUCAUGCUUUUUGCGACCAUUUAAAAUGGCUGCAUCAUCAAAACGUCCACCGUGUAGUCAUGAAGAUGUCAAUUCGAUUUUUCUCAAUUCUGAAACAGUACUGUUUUUACAUCAAAUCUUUCUGAAAGGCUUGACUUCACGACUCGAAUCCUGGCCAACACUAGUUCUUGGUGAUUUAUUUGACAUGCUAUUGCCUAUGUUAAGUAUAUAUCAAGAGUAUGUAAGAAACCAUCACUACAGUCUUCAAGUCUUAACAGAAUGUAAAAGCAAUCCGGCUUUUGCAACUGUUUUAAAAAGACUAGAGGCAGCAAAACCGCAGUGCAAAGGUCGGAGUUUGGAACAAUUUUUAACAUAUCCAAUGCAUCAAAUUCCUCGUUAUAUCAUAACACUUCACGAACUCCUUGCACACACGCCAUUUGAUCACGUAGAGAGACCAAGCUUGCAAAAUGCUCGACAGCAAUUGGAGGACCUUAGUCGGCAAAUGCACGAUGAAGUUUCUGAAACGGAAAACUUGCGUAAGAAUUUGGCUGUGGAGCGUAUGAUUGUAGAGGGUUGUGACAUUUUAUUAGAUGUUAAUCAAGUUUUCGUUCGUCAAGGAAGUUUAGUACAAGUGCCUCCUGGUAGAGGUAGAAUUCGUAGUAGAUUAGCUUCGUUUAAAAGUGAACGUGAAUCUGUUCGCCAAUGCUUCCUUUUCUCUAAUCAUAUGAUCAUAGCAACAAGAACAUCAGCAGGUAGAUUACAUUUGUUACCUGAUGUUGGAAAGAUUCCGUUAGUUGACGCAACAUUGAUUGAGGAUCCAAGUGAAGCAGGAAAUGACGACGAGGAAUCAUUAUGCUCUGCUUCAACACAGAGUAGUAAUUUAAGUGUAACUGAUACAGUUAAUGCAAACAAUCGAGAUUUCAAAAUUUUUGUUGAUGGGAAAUCAGGUCAAAGGCACUCUAUACAUCUUGUUGCACCGACUGCACAGGAUAAGGAAGCUUGGAUUAGUGAUAUCUCACAAUGUCUCGAUAAUAUUCAUAUGCAUUCACUUUUAUCACCGGGAAUUGGUACAACUGCAGCUUCAAUGUUUACAGGUCAUCAAGCGCUUCGUGCUGACCCACAUUUAUUCAAGGACGAUGUAGAUAUAAGAUUUUCAAGAACUCUUAACUCAUGUAAAUUGCCUCAAAUUCGUUACGCUACACCGGAAAAGCUUUUGCAGCGUCUCACCGAUUUACGUUUUCUAUCAAUCGAUUUUCUCAACACCUUUUUGCUUACAUAUCGUGUGUUUACUGAUGGAGAAACGGUUUUAAAUGCACUUAAAAAAGUAUUUUAUGAUCCGCCUAUUGAGCCAUGCGACUGUGAACCUCAAACAGAUUUAUUAGAACUUCCCUAUCAAAGUGAUUGUCAUCCUCGUCGAACAAGCGGUGCCAGUUCAGUCUCAGGUUAUUGUUCGGAAGGUGCUGAUAGAGAUCGUUCUAUGAGCGGUGAUUCAGUUGGUUUGCGUUUCCGACCGUCGCGUAGAAAUUUAUAUCAACAACAAUCAACAACAGAUCAGGAAACAACUUUGACAUGGAUUCCAGAGACAACUACUUCUGAGGUCGAGGCUAGUCCUGAAGUUACAAUAAUUCAUGGAACAGAAGUUGAAGAAGGUACAAUCAUUCAAAAAAAUGUACCACAAGAAGAAGGAUUUUUGGGUGUGCCAUCAUCAAUAUCGGCUUCUGGUAGUGCUGAUACUCUUGUUCCGAGUGGCCCUUCAUCUCCUUCGAAUAUUAGUAAUGUUACAUUAGUUGGAUCUACUGGCAGUGGUGACAAAAGUGAUGAAAGUGAGCCAUCAUUUAAAUAUGGCAAAGCACCAACAAGUCCUUUGCCAGAACGAAUGAUUCCAAAACGUCCACCUCGCACGAUUGAGCAACAAUCAUUGACAUCAGAGUCGACUACAAUAACAAUAACAAGAAGUCAACAACUACCUCAAACAACAACUGUCAAAUCAAUUAAUGAUACAAAACCGAGUAUUAUAAAAAUUGCUCCACCAUUAAAUGUGUCAACUAAUACAGUAACAAUAACGACAUCGACAUUAAUAGCAACCUCAGCUGUUACAGCGUCAUCUGCAACAAAAACAACUAUUACUGCUCCAUCAAUUGGCGUGAAAUUUGACAGACGCCCAAGUGUAGGCUAUAAUGUUAUUCCACAUGCUGCAUUAUGCCAGCAUCGUUACAGUUUACAACUGAAUGGCGAAGGAGGGAAUGGAGGGAACCCUAAUACACAAAAGAGUUUUGAAAAAACAAGUCCCCGACUAACACAUAGGAAGUUUUCAGCACCAAAAACUCCAGAAAGACAAAGAAAAUCGUUUGGAACCCCACAACCACCUAGACGAUUUUCCGAAAGCGAUGAUGAAAUGGCUUCUCUUUAUACGCCUAGAGGAUCCCUCGGUGGAAUUAGUUUGAGUACUAUUUCGUCUCGGGCUUCAAUGCAACAUGAUCCACAUAUCCCCCAUUGCUCAAGCAAAGUUGGUGUUGUGAUUACGUCAUUCAGACAAGCCCAAAGGAGCUUGGGAGACGAUCCAUUGUGGUCAAGCACAUCAACAGCUGCAGCAGCAUUUGCUAUUGCAACAUCCGCAUCGUCAAAUCCACGUGAUGAGCCAGAAAUAGAUGCUCGAAGUCGUAAAGAUUCUGUUGUAAGCUCCCCAGCAACGAUGCGCGUGCUGAAUGUACUACGACAUUGGGUUUCUAAACACUACCAAGAUUUCGAACAAGACGAAAAACUUCGAUCCCAAACAAUUGAGUUUUUGGAUGAAAUAACAUGUAGCCCCAAUCUUUUACCUGGUGAACAUAGGGCUGCAUCUCAAUUGUUAAGAUUACUUACUCGUGAAGAUAUUGAUUCUAGUCGAAAAAAUUUGGAGAUGCUUUUGGCGCCACCCACGUCUCCGAGCAAAGAGAGUAUAGAGACAUUAUCAGCAUUAGAAAUAGCAGAACAAAUGACGUAUUUGGACCAUCAGAUAUUUCUUGCUAUUCGUAGCGAAGAAUUCUUGGGUCAGGCAUGGAUGAAAUCCGACAAAAAGUUUAGAGCAGAGCAUAUAAUUCAAAUGACAAAGAGGUUUAAUGAUGGCUCGAGGCUUGUUGGUUCUGAAAUUGUUUCGAGAUGUAAUAUGGCUGCUCGAGUAGCAGCUAUCGAAAAAUGGACUGCAGUGGCAGACAUAUGUCGAUGUUUGCACAAUUUUAAUGGUGUUUUGCAAAUUUGUGCAGCAUUUACAAGUGCUCCUAUAUAUCGCAUAAAGAAAACAUGGGACAAAGUUCCAAAGAAUAUCAAGUCCACCAUAGCAAAAUUACAGGCAGUUGUUUGUUCAGAUGGAAGGUUUCGUGUGAUGCGUGAAGCAUUACAUCGGUGCGAUCCGCCAUGUAUACCAUACCUUGGAAUGUAUCUUACUGAUUUAUCUUUUAUUGAAGAAGGAACACCCGAUUUCACACCUGAUGGACUGCUGAACUUUUCGAAAAUGAGAAUGAUUGCUCAUGUAAUCAGAGAAAUACGCCAUUUUCAGCAAACACCUUACAAAAUUGAUCAUAUUCCGAAAGUAACGUCUUAUUUACUAGAUACUUCACUCCUUUUAGAUGAUGAUGAGAUGUAUCACAAAUCUUUAAUUAUAGAACCUAGAAGUUCAAGAUUGAGUGCGCCAAAUAUAACGCAUGUAUAAUAAUAAAUUGAGCUAAUAUUUUUUGGUAUAACGCUUAUUGCUUUUAAAUACAUACAAUUUUGACAGAAACAAAAAUACACUCACAAAACUUAUGAAAUAUUGAGCUAAUUUGAAUGACUUAGUGAAUAUCAGAUAAGUGUACUUAUCUGUAUUAUGUAAAUGUCGAAAAAUGAAUCAAUUCUUCAAUGUACCUAAACAAUACAUUUCCUUAAACAGAUACUAUAUCAACUGUGUGAUUGCCGCCGCAGAUACAUAUAGGCAAAUUUAAUGAAAAGUUACUUGAAUCUAUCAUAAUGUUGCACAGUAGAAAUGCCAUUUUACAGCAAUAUUUUGGACAUUCUACAUCGGAUCCUAUAUGAGCAUUGAGAAUCAAGAAUCCAAUAAUAUACACCAGAAUAUUAAAAUAUUCUAGUUAAGAUGCUCAAAACAGUUUUUAAAAGCUAGGAAAAAUAUUUCGUUCUUAUUAAAAUUUUAAAAUUGAAAUCCUUAUUUUUUAAGAAAGUUUGUGAAAACCUUUAGAAACGGAAAUUUUAGACUUAAUUUAUCAACUAAGAUGUGCUUGUAAAGAAAACUAAUGGAAAAUAAUCUUCUAAUACAUCUUUAUUAUUCGUACUGUUUCAAGAACUCAAUUUCAAGAAAAGAAAAAUAUCAAAAGUUUAAAAAUACGUACCUCGAGUAAGAAUGAUGAAAAGUGAUUGAAACUCUAGGAAAGCUAGAAUAAUAUUUUGCUGCUUCAAAAAGCUUGUCUUUAAAAUUAAUAAGAGUUCCAACUCCUUGAAUAAUGCACUAUUAUAAAUAACAAUUGUUGAUAAUUCUUCUUUAUGAAAAAAUCCUUGUGUAGCUGUAUAUAAUAUUUAUCAAUUUCCCUCGACAAUCAACUUAUGAGACUCAAAGAAUUAAAGUAAAAAAAUUAAUAAAAAAAUGUUGUUACUUAAAAAAAGAUUUAAGAAAUGUUCCCUAAAGAUUUAAUAAUUUUAAAAAAAAUAUCAUCACUGAUACAAGCACUGCUACAAAGUUAUAAUUUGAAUGUGAUAUUUUAAGUAAGAUGCAAAACAAAGAAAUAAAAAUUAUGAGAUAGCUGAUAAAAUACAGGUUUAGAACAGAAGUGACAAAAAGUUUUAGAAAACACUGUUGAAAAACAGACAAGAAAAUAUUUACCAACAUCAAAAAAUUAACAUAUUUUUAUAUUAUAAGUGAAAAAAAAUAUUGAUAUAAAAAAAGUAAUGAUCCUGAUGUGAACUCAGUAUAAAGAUCAUUAAAAUCAAAUUGCAGUUUUUUCAAGAAUCAAGAAAAUAAGUAGAAAUUUUAAUCCAGUAUAAAGAAAAUAAAAAUAGAUUUUUCAAAACAAUUUAACUGAUCAAAAAAAGUAUCAAUAACUUGGACUUUAAUUUCACAUUUAUUUUACACCAAAGAAGAUUUUAAUUCAUUUAUAAAAAUUUUAAAAAUUUAAAGUUAAUACUUUUGGUAUUAAAAGCUAUUGUGCUUCAAAUUCAAAGAAGUUUUUGAAAUACAACUUUUUAUGGACAAUCUCUGAUGAUGCAGGAUAUAAAUAUUUAAAAAUAAAUUUCGCCACCUCUAAUAUCUAAUAUCCCAAAAUCAAUUCAUAUCAAUUUGACGUAUCAUGUCUUAGAUUUAAUAUAGUAUGUUGGGUUAGUUAUAAUUGAAAAAAAAAUAGAAGACAAAAUAAUGAUGAAAGAACCUAUUUUUCCUUUCUAAUUGAUCUUUAAUAAAUGUUUAAUUCAAUUUCGUUGCUGUAUUAAUUUGUUUGAAUCGUUUUUGAUCAAACUUUAAAAUAAAUCAUGUUAUGCAUUAGUAUAAAAUCAAGAGAUUAAAGAAAACAUAAAUAUAUGUAACAAACAAAGUUCCGAUGCUACAAAAAGCUUUCUUUGAAAAACUUCAUAUUUUUCCAUCUAUUUUGAUAAAAUUUUACUAAAAAGUAAUAAAACUACGAAGUAGGUACUUACUUUAACUUAAAACAUUCUUUACGCAUCAGAUAAAAGUAAAAACAAAUAAUUUUGUUAUUUCGAAUGGAAUCUUGCAAAAGUUUAAAUUGUUAAAAAAAAUAAUUCAAUAAUUACACUUUAAAAAUCUUUUUGAUGAUUUUCGUCAUCUUUUUGUUAAAAUUAUAAACUUAAAAGAAGUAGAUAAUAAAAAUUAAAUGAAUAAGCUCAUUAAAAUAUGUUUAUUUAUUGCUGCAACAAUAGAAAACUUUAUUUUCUCUGAUUAUUACAUCGAAACACUUAGCUAUUGCUCAUUGAAAAUUUUGCUUGGAAAUAAAAUUGCUCCAGAACUGAAGUAGAUAGAUUCUUUUAAUAAAGAUGAGUCUCUGUUAUGAAUGUGAUAGAAUAACUUUCCUCUUCAGUAUACUCAUACGACAAUGUCCACAAACCAGAAAAAAAUAUUAAAGAUUCACCGGCAAAGAGGUUUAAACUUAAAUCUUGACAAAAUGUUUGGCAGCUUUUAUUAACUCUCAAUGUAAUCUUUAUGCUGCCUUUCAUCUGUGUAACAAUAAUGAGACCAUAAACUUCUAAAUCGUUUUUAUAGUUUUUGUACUGCUGUAAUAUUAAAACCCAUGUUGUAUAUGGAGCUUGUAAAUUUAUCGGAUAGAAAUAUGGUUUUGACAUCAUUAGACGUGACGAUUUUAACUAAAAAGAGAGAAGAAAAUAACAUUUUUUAAAAAAAGGUACAACAAUGAUAUAAAUAUCAAUUUGAUAAUACUCAACUGCUUUAGUUUUACAAUUGCGAAAUGAUAUAAACCAAGGCAUUAUUUUUUGCUCUUCUUCUAAAGAUUUUUUAAGAAUCGCAAAUGUUUCACCAAGAUUGGCAUAUUUUGACAUCAUUAAAUUAGUCUCAAAAUUGCAGGCUUCGCCAUUUAUCAUGUCACUCAUAUUUGUUGAAAUGUUAUUGAUAAAGGAUAAAAGUGAUUCUGAUUUAUUUACAUUUUUGAUCGUAUCCGAUACAAUGACAGGGAGUCCUCUUAUCAAAUAUUUAUCAUGUAUAUGAUUGUAUGAUGUCUCUUUCAUGAUAUCAAUUUGAUC